AUGGUUUCAAACCUCCCAAAAAACAUUAUUUUACGUCAUGCUCAUUUAUUACGUUUACUCGCUCAAUCACAAAUUGGUUACAAUUUUAGACAUUUGGAUGAACCUGUUAGACAAAGACUUGUUCAAUUAAUUGUGGGUGGUGGAAAUGUUUACAAAAUUGAGGAAGAAAAAGGGCAGAAUUUGAGGUCGACCAAUAAAAAAUCUGUUAUAUCCGACACUGCUGAACGCGUUCAAGUUGUUGCGGUUGGAAUUCAAACGCAAGGAGGUUUUACUUUAAACAACGAUGGAACGAGAAAUUACCCUUCUAAACCAGCAGACAACCCUCCACCUUUUUCUGAUGGAAAAAGUUUUGUCAACCCUUCAAGUGCUGAAUUUUCUAAUUUUGUUCAAGUCUCUUCAACCGAUGCAGAUGUUGUUGAUAUUAUUCCUUCGUUGCCUAAAGAUUGUCGUCCAACAAACAUCGAUUCUACAAAUAAAAUGUCAAAAAGUAGUGAAAGAAAGGUGCCAACAACCCGUGUUAGCCGUUUAUUUAAUUUUGGAAAAUUGGUUAUAGGUCUAGGAACUGGAACAGCUAAAGAAUUGUUACGUAGAAGAAUUGAUGGAGGAGGGAAUUCAAAUCCAACUAUUACUCCAAACAACAAUACUUCUUCAAUUUCAAAUCCAUUAUUUACACCAGAAAAUGCUGAACGUAUAGUUCAAAUGCUUUGUCGUGUAAGGGGUGCAGCUCUUAAACUUGGACAAAUGAUCUCAAUUCAAGGUUAAUAUGAUUUUUGGGGUUUAUUUAGAAAUAUAAAGAAGAAGGGGGAUUCAUCUGGCUAUUUUUUAAAAGGUCCACAAGGCUUAGGUAAGGAUGUGUAGAGUCGGUAGUGCAGCUAUACAUGGGAGUGAAGGCUCCUAGCAAACAAUAACUCCCAUUAGACCGAGGAUCUAUGACCGCCUGG